CCUCACUUUUAGAGAGAGAGAGAGAGAGUUAGAGAGAGAGAGAGAAGGGGAUGGCAGCAAAGUUGUACGUAAUAUUUGUGCUCGCACAAGUACUGCUUGUGCAUGUCACUGCAAGGAAUGUGCCUACUACUACUACUACCACCAUGCCACCUAUUGAUCAUGACCAAAAGAGCACACAAAAUGUUCAUACGGCCACUGCACCUACUGGUGCUGGCCUAGAUGACCAGAAGAACUUCGUCACGUUCGGUGGCGUUGGCGCAAUUGGCGGAGUUGGUGGCUACGCUGGGGUUCUGCCGCUAGGUGGUAUUGGCGGUCUCGGUGGUGGAAGUGGACUCGGUGGUGUUGGUGGGCUUGGAGGGCUCGGUGGUGGAGGUGGAGUCGGUGGUGCUGGAGGGCUUGGAGGGGUCGGUGGUGGAAUUGGUGGUGUUGGCGGCAAAGGUGGUGGAAUUGGCGGGGUUGGUGGUGUUGGCGGUGGAGUUGGUGGUGGUUGUCUACCUUAGAUUAUUUUGAUGAUAUCUCAACUUUCUAUUGCUUUAGUGUUGGUUUUUAUAUUAGCUAGUCCAUGGUUCUAGCUAGUAUUUGUGGUUGUAGCUAUUAGUAGUAUGGUGGGAUGUGUUGUGUUGUGUUAUUUUUUAAGUUGAUUGUGUUUCUCUUUGAAUUUUGAAAUGUAUGCUCUUUUUAUGUA